UUAAAAGUGUCCUGCAGCUUUCGAAGAACCCACAGCCUGGCAAACAAAACUCAGGGGUUAAAAUAAACUCGUGUUGUCACUAACAAGCGACGCAGCUCCACAUGGCAACAACCUGCUGAAGUUUGACUUCUCUCUCUAAGAAUGGCCAGGCAGUGGUCUGGGGGUCACGUGACCUCCAUCCUGUGUGCUGGCGCCUCUUCAGGCCCAGAGGGCAUCCUCGCUUCAGGAUCUGAGGGUGGAGAUGUCACAGUGUGGAGUCAAGAGGGCAACAUCAUCGGCCGCCUCACUGUCCCUGGAGAAGAAGACGUCACCAGUGUGGUGUUCUCCCCUUCCUCUCCGAGCCAUCUGUAUGUGUCGCAUGGAGACACAGUGAGUCUGCUUGAUCCUCGGAACCUGAAAGGUCCGGCGGAGGACUUUCGGGGCGCUGGUGAGGAGGAAAUCAAUGCGUUAGCUCUGAAUGAGACGGGUUCAGCUCUGGCAGUGGCUGAUGACUCUGGGGCGGUGCGAGUUCUGGAGAUUCCUGCGGGCAAAGUGUGCAGGACUCUGCGCAGACACACAAACAUCUGCUCCUCCGUGGCUUUUCGGCCCCACAGGCCCAAUAACCUGGUGUCUGUCGGACUAGACAUGCAGGUGAUGCUGUGGGGUCUGCAGAAGACCCGCCCCCUGUGGACCUUCAACCUCCAAGAUGUUGCAGAAGAAGAAGAUAACCACCAGCAGCGGCCUGGUCAACUUUUUAACCCUCCACUUGCACACUGUGUUUCUGUGUCAAGCUGUGGAAAUGUACUGGGUUGUGCAGCAGAGGACGGCCGGGUGCACCUGAUGCGGAUUGGCAGUGGCUCUAAACUGGAACAGCAAGGAGCCAUCAAGGCGCACAGUCAGGGCGCCUCACAAGCCCAUUUUGUUAGUUUCCUUUCACACCCCUACUGGCUUGUCACAGGAGGAAAUGACGGUCACGUUGCCCUGUGGGACCUCUCUAAGCACCCAGUGGUGACGCCAGAGGAAAAAGCACAAGUUGCAGCCCCCCACCGUCGGAAGGGUAAGAGCAAGGGAAAGAGGAAAGAGCAGUCUCAGGAUAAAGCGAAGAACCUACAGCAAGUUGGGGGAGGGAAUGACACUGUAAGUGAUGAAGAAACACUUGCAGAGGCGACCGAGGAGAAAUCUGGGCCCAAACUAAGUAUCAACCACGGGGACAAGGUGAACUGGCUGUGCCCAGCUGUGCUGAAAGGAGAACCGAGCGUGAUAGUCGCAGAUCAGAGCUCCAGUCUUACCGUCUACCCACUUUCUUAGCUGUAGAUCAGUUUAUGCACUUUAUGCCUUGUUUACUUGCUUUUGACAUGAGUGAUGACCCAGUUUUGUAGUACUCGUGUGCAGUGGAGAACCAUCUGUAGUUUUUAACUAAGAGAAACAUGUUUUUUUUUAUGGUUGUCUGCUGUUAUAAUCAAACUGGAUGAUACAGUUUGACAUGUGUGGUCCUUUAAAAAAAAAAACACUCCCCUAAUAAUAAAGACUUAUAGUCUGAGACUGGAGUUUUCUAGAAAGUUGAACUACCACAUCUGACAAAGAAAAUUGCAUUUAAUGUUCAGCUGAGUUCUUCGGUGCUUUUAUAGAGUUAAACAUCCCAAUUCACACCAGAUGGGAGUGAAAGCAAUAACUGAGAAUCACUUCAAACGAGAUUUGAAAGAAAUACUAAACAGCCACAAAUUUACAUCGCUGAAGUGUGCCACGAGACCCUCGUUCUCAAGGGAGUUGCGCUGCUGCUUUUUAAAAUAAUGCAAAGCAGCAUCUUGACACCCACCCAGUUCAUGUGUUGGAAAACUGAAAUAUUUUUGUGCAUGCACAUGUUAAUGAUUAAAUCUUGUUUGCUGCUUAUGAAUUAUUACAGGCUGAAUCUGUUGAUGUUUUUGAACUGUUUCACCAAUCAAAUCUACAUUGCUUGUAUUUCAUUUAUACCACCACACACAUUUCAGUUUCUGAAUCAGUAUGGAUGCAACAAAAAAAAAGCACUCGUACAACUACAAUAAAUUCAUACAUUCAUUGCAAAAGCUCUGUAUUCAGACAGUAUUUUCAAACAAAUAAACCAUUCAGCAAACGCAUUUCUGUAGGGACAAAGGCACCAGACUUAUCCAAGUCUAAAAAGAAAAGUCAUUUACAUAUGUAUUUUCACAAAGCAGUCUGCGGCUUUUGACAAGCUUGAAAUAAAACUGACACCUUAAAUAAUUUUUCUUCCUAACGCAAUCAGAUGAAAACCAUUUAACUUUUAGUUAUACAUUCUCAAAACAAGGCAAAGAAGCUCCACGAUUUUUUGAA